GUUUUGGUUCGGCCGGGAUGAGGAUUUUCGCGGGAAAAGACACAAGGAGUCUUAAGCAGACACAACAACCGGAAGCUCAAAGAGGCUCUAUUUCCGGCCGGCUGAAUCUUCCCUGCCGGACGGUUUGUUAUUUCGGUUAGUUGUUUAUGCUCAGAGGGAAGAACACAAUUUCUAGUGGCUUAACUGCAUUAGAGAACCGUCACCUUAAAAUUUACGUCUUUUGUGAAGAACUGGGUUGAAGAUGAGUGGAGACGAUGGCACCAUCCCUACUCCUUCGGACGAAAAUGACGUGGGGCCGGGGCAACUUUACGCUCCGUUCCUUGUGAUGGAGAGCCUUUUGGACAAAUUAAAAUUGCUGAACCAUGACCGGGAAUUCAUUCGUGAUUUAAAAAUGAAGCCGUUGAAUAGGCACUAUUUUGUUAUUCCUACCAACCCAGGAGAGCAGUUCUUCAUGUUUACGUCUCUAGCGGCUUGGCUUAUACGCAAAGCAGGUGGAAAAUUUGAACAACCACAAGAGUUUGAUGACCCGAAUGCUGCUAUUGCCUCUAUUCUGGACUUUGUUCGGAAGAUUGGUAUGACAGUUGAUUUUCCUCCAAACCGACUCAAACCCGGAUGCGGACAGCAUGUCGUAAUGGUUUUAGAUAAAUUGGCAGACGAGGCUCUAAAGGCAUCAAACUUUAAGUGGCGCAAACCUGAACCAAGAGCUGAGGUAACAGAGGAUGACACAGUGGAAGAAGAUGACUCUGAACUUCUUUUAGAAAGAGUGGAAGAAGAAAUGGCUGCAGUUUAUUCAGAUGAUGAGGAUGACAACCUUUUAAAUAUUGACGACCUCCGCACUUUACCAGGGAGUGAUUUGGCCAAUUUGGAAUCACAAAAACCUGAGGAAAUUCUGGAGUCUACAACAACUAGUGAGGAUUGGCAGUUGGAAUUGGAAAGAGUUUUACCUCAGUUAAAAGUAACCAUCAAAACAGAUUCUAGAGAUUGGCGUAGUCACUUACAACAAAUGCACAGCCAACACGAAGGAAUUCAGGAAUCUCUAUCAUCUGCAAAAACCAGGCUUGAUAAGCUAUACAGUGAUAUCACUCAAACCAUGGACAAAAUAAAGAGUCGUGAGAAAUUUUUGAACAAUCAGCUGGAUCCUACCCUAGUGGAAUAUAGAACAGUUCAGGAAGAGCUAGCCCGUGUGUCAGAGCAAUAUCGAGAAGUAAGUGGGGGAGUAUCCGAGCGACAGAGAGCUCUUGCUCUUGUGUCGGAAGAGUUGGAUGCUGUCAAACAGGAGAUGGAAGAGCGUGGUUCCAGUAUGACAGAUGGAACACCACUUGUCAAUAUCAAGAGGGCUGUUGGGCGCAUGAAAAGUGAAAUAACUGCCAUGGAUGUGCAAAUUGGGGUCCUUGAGCACAGCCUCCUUCAGGCAAGACUACGGGACAAAUCUCUUCUGCAACAAGACAUGAAUACCAACUCAUAUUUGACUGUGUAACCCUGUCUCAAUCUGUGCUCACAAUGUGUUUCACCAGUAAAAUUGCACUGCCUUGUUUUGAUUUGAAAUUUUCACCAAACCACAUGUGUUAAAAGGACUUAGCAUAGAUCUUUUACAUUCCGUCCUGUACAUCUAGUCAAAGUCUAUGACUAAGAGUCAUAAGCUAAUGUAUUAAAUAAUAAAUCAACAUGAA